AUGCGUGGCGGCUGGGUUCUCCGUUCGUGCACGCGUCUGUCAUUUCCGGUCAGCCAGUCACUUCGCCUGUCCGCUGGCGCGCCAGUCGGUGGUGUGGCGCUGACACCACCUGGACCUCGUGGCUUAAGAAGUGCCCUGCGCGGGGCAUCACCUGUGUGGAUGCUGACAUUCAACUGCUACUUCGCUGACCGCAAUUUCGUCCUCAGCACCGUUAUCACCUUACAAGCUGACCGUCUGAGCGCAGCACCGGGGUCGAACUCAAUUCAAUCCUUAGUUUGCUCUCUUCAUAAGUGA